CAUACAUGGCCUCCCUGCGCGCCGAGCCCUGCGAGGCGCCGACGGUGCGUGCGCAGCGGCUGCACCGGACGCUGCAGGACGCCAUCUCGGAGGAGGAGGGGGCGGCGGCCGAGCUCGAGCGUGCCGAGGCGGUGCUCCGGCGGGCGGCGGCGAGGGCCAAGGCGAGCCGGACGGCGCUCGCCGAGCGGCUCGACGAGCUGGCCAGCAGGCCGCUGACGGUGACCGUGCUGGAGAAGACGCUCAUCGGCGUCACCGUCAACGCACUCCGCAAGCACGCGACGCCGGCCAUCGCCGCCAAGAGUGAGCGGCUCGUGCGCGGCUGGAAGACGCUCGCGCUCGCCGACCGCGUCCUCGACGAGGUGCGCGACGAGGACGGCCGCGUCGAGCGGCGGCGAGCGCACCCCGACUCGCUCGAGGACGCGCUGGCGCUGCGCGAGGCGCGAGAGGCGGAGCGGAUGUGGGAGGAGCGGAUGGGCGGCGGAGGCAGCGGCGGGGGAGGCGGGGGAGGCGGCGGCGGCCGCGGCGACGGGCGCGACGAGGCGGCUCGGCGGGCGGCGGCCGAGCGGCUGCGCGAGCGCUACCGCUCGAUCGAAGAGGCGAAGCGCAGCCGCGAGAUUGUCGUCGAGGGCGGCCCCGCGAGGCCGGGCAAGCAGCCGCGCACGGCGGCGGGCGGCCGCCCCAACCUUGUGCAGCACAAGAGGGCGGCGGGCGGCGGCGGGCCUCUGGCCGCGCA